AUGGCUAAAAAAGUGGUCAAGCGGCUUCGGGUCGCUGAUAAAAAGGCAAGAUCCGAGACUUUUUUUCCGAAUGAGAUUUUUGAGCUAAAGCACCAAGCUUCCUCGUUCGAAUUUUAUCCAUUUCCAGAGCCGAUGCUGGAAGGUAAAGUCAUCCUCAUCAAGAAAUUCUUCUCCGACAAAAUAUCCCAGGCACUGCGCUCCAGCUUCUCAAGUCCUGGAAUUAUGGAGUUACAUUAUCAGAAGGGAACUAAAGAAUAUGCGGAAAGGAUAAAUGACAGAUUGACGACACAGAACGCGGAAAUCGCCCAGAUCUUAUGGGAAAGGCUAUUGAAAUGCCUUAGGCAAGACGAUUACGUCAUGCAAGAACUCGGCUUCGGCCAAGCCAAGGGUCUCAACCCACAGAUCAGAGCAUAUAGGUACGAGAAGGGCCAUAAAUUCGCUAAGCAUUACGAUUCAUCCGUGGUAGUGUCCGGAAUUGGAUCCUCGCGCUGGACUUUACUGGUAUAUUUGUCAGGCGGUGACGACUUAGUAGGUGGGGAUACCGUCUUUUAUGCGCCACACACCGGUGAGGCCACCAACAUACACCCUCAAACGGGCCUGGCUCUACUGCACAAGCACGGAGAUGACUGUCUUCUUCAUGAAGCGCAAGUUGUCUCAAAUGGCGCAAAGUGGGUACUGAGAAGUGAUGUCGUUUUCUAG